AUGUCUUUUCUUACGGUCGGCAUCCCAGAGAUCCAUCAGAAACCCCUGCUAGUUUUGGAUACGUCUAAAUACGUUGAGUUGUUCCAUCGGAUUGGCUAUAUAUUGCGGUUGAUAGGAUCAUGGGAUGUUUCUCAACAGGAUGACUUCCUGAAGCGAGUUACAGCUGGAUGGUAUAUACAAUGGUUCACUGUAGGGAUGAUCACCAACUCAGAUCUUAUACCAACUCCGUAUGGUCAUGAUAACUCAGAUUGGAUCUAUAUCCACUUAGUGGGACCCGACCGCGGAGUAAUCCCAGAUAUUUUGGAAAAAGAGGAACUUUUCAAGCUUGUUCUAGGUUUCGGGACUGAUUUGAAGGUUUUAUGGAAGCUGCGGUUGUCCGACAUAGUCGACAUAUUCGAAAGGCUUGUAGAAGUCGGCUACAUAGAAAGUUUUAACCUUAGAAUCACCAAGAAUAACUCUUCGGGAGAGUUUAAUACAGACCCCACGCAACCUUCACCUUUCCCAUCAUGCCCGCCGAUGACAGAUCCCACGCCAUCCAGUCCCGAGAAUUACCCCACCGGAACGGGUGCCAUCUUUGAUCAAUUUAUAGAUAAUAAUGCUGGCAUAGAGUUAAGCAUGGAACCAUGGAUGCCUUCUGAUCCGGUGCCGAAUACUAAGUUCCACGCCAACCCCGCCACACCUACAACCUUUGUAAAUGGCGAUGUUGUUAGCACCCCAGCGGAGGAGCUAUUUACCCCUUCUGGUUUAACCCCUGGGCCCGAUACAGGCGCCUUAUCUUAUCCAACACCCUCUUCUCAAUUCAACUCUCCCCCAGCGGGUCGACCACUCACGCUUCCGGUUUCUGGCAGCUGUCUAUCACCUUCCUGUUCUGCCAAUACACUGCAGUCGAUUGGUACACCCCCAGACCUUGUAGCGACACCCGUAUCUGUACCAUCACCUGGUGCAGAUGCUUCACCUUAUCCAACCUCUUAUUCUGCUAACUCUCCCCGGGGGUCAGCCCGUGGCUCACAGCAACAACAGAUAAUCUCCAGAUUGUUACAGUCGUGUAAAUUUGGUGACAAGAAUGUGUUAUUUACUGAUAUUCAGAUUGGGCAUAUCUGUAAAGCAGAAGCUCGCAUCCUCCCCCGGGAUCCAUUAGGAAUCCUACAGCCUAUCUUCGACGCCGAGGGUACUAUACCUUCCAGUCUAAGCAAGCUUGGGCUUCCAGAAAGUUGGGAAGGUAAAGAUGGAGCAGUGAAUUACCUCAAAGUGCUUGAGGAAGAUAAGAGCAAGAAAAAACCAUUUUCUUGUCCCCUUGCGAGGCGUGUCGCUCAAAUAUUGCUCUUUGUUAGCUAUAAGAGUCUGUGUAUGCAGCAGGGAGAGACCGGGGUGGUUACCAGCAUCCUUACCGCCUACAACAAUGAUCCGAGUAAAUCGAAGUCGAGCAAAUGUAACAAUAAUAGAUUUAGCACCUAUUAUAUACGGCGAGGGAGAUGGUGGUGGAGAUUUGCAGCGUCCUUGGGAUUUGGUAUCUUGUUGGUCGCUGACGAAAAGUUGGUGGAUAGCAUACAUGAUGACAGAUUUAGCAAUGAUCAAAUUAAUGCUUUGAUUACCUUUAUCUUACACACUCGCCCAGGCACUGUUCGCCUCUUACACUCAUUGGGGGCUGUGGCAAUAUCCAUUCUAAAUGGAGUGAUUGAUUCUCGUAUCCGCCAUAUUAUUUUGGAUAAUAAUACUGGCCUGCUGAGACAGGCCGCAUUGACCACUGCCGCUGAUGAGGAUCAGAGGGCUUUUCAGAACAGGCCGCUUACAAAUCCUCUGGUGCUGGAGGAUACCACAAUCCCUGCUAAUGAGGAAUUGACCGCCUUUCUUGCCAUAUAUAAUGCUUAA